AUGGUGAGAGGAAUGCUGAUUGCUGAGUAUCUGAAGCGUUUCGACCUCGCGCCCCACUUCUCCCAGGAGGACUUCGUGCACUGGUUCCUGCCGCAGGCCGGCAUCGUCGACAGCUUCAUCGUCGAGAACGGCGGCGUCGUCACCGACUUCGUCAGCUACUACACCCUGCCGUCGACCGUCAUGCACCAUCCCGUGCACAAGACCCUGAAGGCCGCCUACUCGUUCUACAACGUCUCCGCGAAGACGCCGUGGGUCGAUCUGAUGAACGACGGUCUCAUCUCGGCGAAGCAGCUCGAAUUCGACGUCUUCAACGCGCUCGACCUAAUGGACAACAAGGAGUUCCUGGAGACGCUGAAGUUCGGAAUCGGCGACGGCAAUUUGCAAUAUUACUUGUACAAUUGGAAAUGUCCGAGCAUGCAGGCGAACAAAAUAGGACUCGUUUUGCAAUAA